AAGAAAAUAGAUAAGUAUAGUCACAUAGAUAUACCAUUUUGAAGCCUUAUUAAUCAUGAACCUCCUCAUACUCUCAUAAUUCCUCCUAGUUUCCCUCUCUCUUCUAUCCUUUUCUCCUACUCUCAAGCACAAAAAAGAUUACUCACUCAUUUAUUGCAAUCAAUUUCCUUAUCAUUUAUGGCUUCCUUUGAGUCACCACUCCCAAGAAUAACAAUCUUUAUAGCUUUCAUAACUUUUUGCUAUAAUUCUCAUUACAUCAACAUCUCAUUUGCCUUGGCUUCUCAACCAGAAGAUAUUCAUGAUCAUAUUCAUAUCCGAUUCUCUACUAUCUCAGCGGCUCCUGCGGUUUUGCCUGGAUCACCAAUAUCUUCUGACCAUGCCUUGUCUCCAACUCUAUCACCAGACAUUACUCCUCUCUUUCCCACACCAAGGAAAGAGCCACUCUCUCCGUCGGAAUCCUCUCUCCCCACCAUUCCUUCCAGCCCGAGCCCUCCGAAUCCCGACGGCGUCAUCGCCCCCGGUCCCGGUGUGGCGUUUCCGCCAUCAGGCUCUCUGCUUACUUCCACUGCUAAUUCACCUUCAUCAUGUCAUGAGUUUCUCACUACUACUCUUGUUGUUCUGUUCAUGACUUUGGUGGUUUCUUGCGCAAUGUGAGAGAAAGUGAGGGACUUUGUUGGUGGAGCUGGUGAUGAUUCAGAUUCAAAGAAAGAAGAAAAAGAAGAGAUGGGAAGGUUUUUUUUUUUUCCUUCAAUUAUUGUUUCU